AUGGAGACCAAACCGGUCAUCACCUGCCUUAAAACCCUCCUCAUCGUCUACUCCUUCGUCUUCUGGAUAACAGGAGCCAUCCUGCUGGCCGUGGGAGUAUGGGGGAAGUUGAUGCUUGGCCCGUACAUCUCUCUGAUAGCCGACAACUCCACCAACGCCCCGUAUGUCCUCAUUGGCACCGGCACCGUCAUCAUCGUCUUCGGCCUGUUCGGAUGCUUCGCCACCUGCAGAGGAAGCCCAUGGAUGCUGAAGCUGUACGCCAUGUUUCUGUCGCUCGUCUUCCUUGCCGAGUUGGUGGCCGGGAUCUCUGGAUUCGUGUUUCGCCAUGAGAUAAAGGGAACCUUUCACAGGACGUACAAUGACGCAGUCCUGAACUACAAUGCUGAGGACGAGGCGAGCCGCGCUGUGGACAACUUGCAGCACAAGCUGCGUUGCUGUGGAGUGUACAACUACACCAGCUGGUUGGCCAGUGUGUAUUAUCCCUCCAACGGUAUUCCUGCCAGCUGCUGCUUUAACUCCUCCGACUGCAACCAAGAAGACCUCCGCAACGCAACCAUAGCCCCGAGCAAGGUCUUCCACCAGGGCUGCUAUGAGCUGGUCACUUCAUUCAUGGAAACCAACAUGGCCAUUAUUGCAGGAGUGACGUUUGGGAUCGCCUUCUCACAGCUGAUUGGCAUGUUGCUGGCCUGCUGUCUGUCCAGGAUCAUCACAGCCAAUCAGUAUGAGAUGGUCUAGCUGACGUGACGUGGCAGGGAGAUGAAGAGAAGAAGCAACAACGACGCUCAACACACGACAAGAGUAAAUUCCCCGAAACACUCUCACACGUCUGAAUUGGAAUUUACGUCCCUCCGUCUCUCUGCCUGUGAUCUUAAUGUAAUAUCUUCAUGUAUCUUAUUGUAAAGCACCAUUCCUUGACUCACUGCUGUUGCAUCAACGCUUUCUGCAUCACACACCGCUCUGCUGCUUGAUGUUUAUAGUUGCUCAUUAGCACAUAUCUUAGAUCGGCACGGCCCACAUCCAGCAGGUAGACCCGACCUGUCUCGAGGUCGACGGCGGUGUUGGUCCCAGAUACAUGACCGGGUGCUACUUGGCUUCUCAGCUGGACGCAGCAUGCUCGACCGAUCGCCAGCAGAAGACCACCACACAUCUUUGUACAGAAUGACAUGACUAAAGCUUGAAGUAAUACUUUAAUAGAUUGGUUUAGUUUUGCAUUUUGCCUUUGCUAUCGCUCACCAUUGUAAUAUUCCUGCGGUUGUGACAUUUUGUGAACCGAUUAUGUGUACUGACGAUGAUAUUUUAAUAAGAAAAUUGACAACUGAAAGAAGAGGGGGAGCUUUUAGAGAGUAUUUUUUAUCUGUAGAUAUGUUUUUGACCCGAGUAUUUAAUUUUUAACUUAAAGGCGCAGUAGGAGAUAAGUUACAUUUUCAAUUGUUAUUCAGUAUUUUGAGUUAAAUCUUAACAACAAGAAAUGUGAAUAUUUGCUGUUAA